CUCCCGGCAGUCUCUGCGGCCCACUUCCGGUUUUGUUGCUGGGCAACCAGACGCGGAGACGAAAGUUACGGGUGUCAGGUGUCAUGGCGGCUGUGGAGGAGGACGUCCUCGGGGACAGGGAGUUGCAGAGUAUUCAGGAGCAGACGGCGAUGAUCGACACCCCCGGGGAGAUGAUGGGAGUAGUGGACGUGACAAGAUUCCCAUCAUCCUACACCCUGAAUUCUCCUCAGGAACAGACGCUGCUGAAUAUGGCUGAUAACUUCUGCCGCCAGUACUCGCACCUGUACCCCGACCGGAGGGCGCUCUUCACAUCCCCCCUGAACGAGUGCAAUGUGGAGAAGUUUGUGUGCUCCACGCUGCGCCCCACGCUCCUCCCAUACCCGGAGCUCUACCACUGGGAGGAGGCGGCACGAUUUGUGUCUGAAUUUCUAGAAAUGGAACCGCUGAAUCCUGUGACGGAGCUGCCGCACCGCCUCUUCUCUUCGUACUCCGUCCUGCAGAGCCAGAAAGGGAAUUGCUUUGACUUCGGCGUCUUGCUUUGCUCCUUGCUGCUGGGGGCUGGCUACGAUGCUUACUGUGUCAGCGGCUACGCCACCCGUGAAGUGUGUCUCAUGGAUGAGAGUCGAGAAGCCUGUCCUCUGCUGAAAGCCGAGCCCGAGACCUCUGGAACGUCACCCCUGAAGCCCCUCAAGAAGUACAGUGUGCGGCCGCCGAGACAACUAGUCAGUAAGUUUGAACUCCAGCAAGAAUUAAAGAAAGAGGCCAAGGUGCAGGCCUCGCGCCUCAGACAGCAGCAGGAGGAGGAGCAGCGCCUGGAGGACGCAGAAAGACCUGCUAUGGACACUCUGUAUGGCCUCAGGGUCCACUGCUGGGUGUUAGUCCUGUCUGGAAAGAGGGAAGUGCCGGACAACUUCUUCAUCGAUGCGCUGACAGGCAACGCGUACCGAACCAGGGACCAGCGCUUCCUGGGUAUCGAGAGUCUGUGGAGUCACCAGAACUACUGGGUCAACAUGCAGGACUGCCGCAGGGGCUGCCAGGAUCUGACCUUUGACCUGGGGGACCCUGUGUGCUGGGAGUUCAUGCUGUUGAAUGCGGUGAAGCCUGUACUGCUUAUCCCAGAUAUGAAGGAAGAGGAGGAUGAGGAGGAGGGGAAUGAAGACCAGGACCAGGUGAUGCUGCAGGCGCCGGUGUCCUGGGUGCUGCCCAUUGUGGUGACCCCAAAAGAGUUUGAGAUGCGAUGUCCUCAGGGGAAGAAACGUCUGCAAUACAAGAAGGCCAGGCUGGAGAAGUGGGCCCCCUACCUCCAGGAGGACGGUCGGGUGUCCCGCCUCACCCUCUACCAGGACUCUCCAUGCUCCAUAGAACUGGAGGUCCAGGACUGGUUCCAGAAUCGCAAGGACAAGUUGGACAUGAGACAGCAGAAGAGACAGCAUGGAGUGACCACUGAGUACUUCUCUCCGGGACGGGUGGAUGCUCUGAAGGUCCACACCUUCCGCUCCCAGGCCCCAGAGACAGAGCGCACGAUGAUAUUCUACAGCGAGGCUCGUCUGGAUGGACUCCAGAGACGCGAGGAGCAACCAAAGGAGAUGCUGGAGCUUUUCCAGAGCCGCCCGGACUUCUUGCAUCACCGGCACACGCUAUACGGGAAAAGGCCGAAGAAAGUGUCCAUAGCUGGGGGACCUACAGAGUCCAACCCCCGACCCAUCCUGAAAAUUACGGAACGUUUCCUUAGAAACCCUGAGAAGUCGGCCAAUGAGGAUGUGGCUGAGCGGAUUUUCCUAAUCACUGAGGGUCGCAUCCAUGUCCGCUGUCAUCGACCAGACGAUCACAUCACCACAUCCACCUGGGAGUUCCUCAAGCCGGCCAACCUCGGAGAGAAGGGGGCCCAUGUGGUGCUGAGCCCCGAGACCUGCAUCUCCUACCAGGUGGAGCCAUUGGAAAAAUUCAACAAACAACUGUAUGUCUACGAGAGCCUUGUGCACCUCCAGCAGGGGGAGCAGCGUGCGCAGGAGGCCGUCCGGAAAUCGGAGGCAGAGGUGCUGGAGAUCCUUUCUCGGCGGGUUCAGGAGGAGGCAGAUCCACAACUCACAAUAUCUAUCUAUGACCCGGAGAGGAAUGAGAGCAGCAAGGAGCAGCGGGCGGCCCAGGUAAGUGUGCGCGACGGGGUACACUGA